CGCCCCCUUACCGGUCUCGGGCCCGCGCCCGCGCGCCCGCCGCCUGGGAGCGCGCGCCAGGGGGAGCAGCGGGAGCGCGCCCCGCCCCCCUCUAGCUUUCCCCCCCUCAUCCCCACCCGUGAGGAGAGACAUUGAGUGACCGAAGGAGCCAAAGCUCCGGCCGCUCCGAGACCCCGCUCCCCCGCCUGGGGCCCAGCUGGUAAUUUCUGCUGCGUCAACACCCAGCUCAAGGGAGAGGAGAGGAGACAAGGGGGCAUUUUAACAGCAGCUUCACUUGCAAAUAACAAGCCUGAAUUCUGGCUCCAGAAUUAAAAACCUUUCCACCCCCAAAAAAUCAGCAUCUGUGCAAGUUGGACCAAGAGUUUGUCAAGAGUGUGGUUCAAAACUGCUUGGAAAAAGGGAUGAGUUACAGGACAGUUGAUGAACCUUCCAAAGCCUGUUACCAGAAACGCUUUCCCUCCGUUCAUUAAAACAUGUAUGGUGUACCAUGACACCUCGUGGCAUUUAUCUUUACUAAAGAAAACAGUUUUCAACUACUGAGUCUGUGGACGAGAAAACACAAAGAUUCCCAAAUGAAUAACCGAAAGGAAGAUAUGGAGAUUGCCUCCCAUUACCGUCAUCUGCUUCGUGAGCUCAAUGAGCAGAGACAGCAUGGCAUCCUCUGUGAUGUUUGCAUUAUAGUGGAGGGGAAGAUUUUUAAGGCUCACAAAAAUGUUCUGCUCGGGAGCAGCCGCUACUUCAAGACUCUUUACUGCCAGGUGCAGAAGACAUCUGACCAGGCCACAGUCACUCAUUUAGACAUUGUAACUGCACAGGGCUUUAAAGCCAUCAUUGACUUUAUGUAUUCUGCACACUUAGCGUUGACGAGCAGAAAUGUCAUUGAGGUGAUGUCAGCAGCUAGCUAUCUUCAAAUGACUGAUAUUGUACAAGCUUGUCACAAUUUCAUAAAAGCGGCUCUUGACAUAAGUAUAAAGUCUGAUGCCUCAGAUGAUCUUGUUGAUUAUGAACUUGGGGCCGCUUCCAGCAGUAGUACAGAUGCUUUGAUUUCAGCAGUGGUGGCUGGUAGGAGUAUUUCUCCGUGGUUAGCUCGACGAACAAGUCCAGCGAACUCUUCUGGAGAUUCGGCCAUUGCUAGCUGUCAUGAAGGAGGGAGCAGUUAUGGAAAAGAGGAUCAGGAACCAAAAACAGAUAGCCACGAUGACAUUUCAUCCCAGUCUCUUUGGUCCAGUGACAUGAGCUAUGGGUCUUUGCGUAUCAAAGAGGAGCAAAUUUCACCAUCUCACUAUGGAGGGAAUGAAUUGCGUUCUGCCAAGGAUAGUGCAAUACAGAACACUUUCUCAGAACAAGGAGCAGGGGAUGGCUGGCAACCCACUGGACGCAGAAAGAAUAGAAAAAAUAAAGAAACUGUGCGUCAUAUUACACAGCAAGUAGAGACUGACAGCAGGGCAAGCUCUCCAGUGCCAUCUUUUUUAUCUGCCUCAGGAUGGCCAUACAACAAUCGUGACCCAAGUGCUGAUGUGACAGAACCCAGCAAUUCAGAUAACCGAGUGGAGAGAUCAGACCUUUACGCAAAUGUUGAUGAAGCACUCCUAGGAGGUGAUGCUAGCUACCUAUCUCAGCCUCUUACCCCGGAGAAGGAUGAUGCACUUCAGGCUGCGACAGUUGCUAACCUGCGCGCAGCCCUCAUGAGUAAGAACAGCCUGUUAUCUCUGAAAGCUGACAUGCUGGGAGAGGACAGUUCUCUGCUAUUCGAGUACUUACCCAAAGGCACACAUUCUUUAUCUCUAAAUGAAUUCACAGUCAUCAGAAAAAAAUUCAAGUGCCCAUACUGCAGUUUCUCAGCUAUGCAUCAAUGUAUCCUGAAGAGACACAUGCGAUCCCAUACAGGAGAAAGACCCUAUCCUUGUGAAAUCUGUGGGAAAAAAUUCACACGCAGGGAGCACAUGAAACGGCACACCUUGGUUCACAGCAAAGAUAAAAAAUAUGUAUGCAAAGUGUGCAACAGAGUGUUCAUGUCUGCAGCCAGUGUGGGAAUUAAGCAUGGUUCCCGCCGCCAUGGAGUUUGUGCCGAUUGCUCUGGUCGAGGCAUAACAGGCCACUUAGAUCAGAAUGGAGGAGAAGGAUCUCCAGAUGAAUUGUAUCCUGGUGAAGGCCAGUACAUGGAGGAUCCAGAUGACAUGAAGGUGGAGGGAGAUGAAGAGAUGGGGGAUGAUGAUGAUGAUAUAAAAUGGAAAGAUGAUGUAGGAAUUUCACAAGAUGAUGUGAUACUAGAAGAUGACAAAGAAGAUGUCGACUCUCCACAGGAGCAAGAGAACUCUGGAGAGAAUGACAAGGAUUUUACUUGGAUUUCUUAGGGAAACGGGGAAGGUUUUGUUUGUAGGGGGAGGGAGGGAAGACAGAGUGUGCUGGGAAAAACUAAGUAGCCUUGUUGUUGUCCAUGUGUGCAAAAGAGUUGUUUGUGUUUUUUUUAAAACAAGCAAGUCCUUUAUCUGUACCAUUCAGAUACUGUAUUAGUAAGUGUCACUUUUAGUGGCAUCAGUUACACCCCUUCCCCUUCUCCCCCAUGGAAAAAUAUGAUUGUCUGUCUUUGCCUCUCUGUGGGAGCAAAUCAGAUUGCAUGCAAGUGACUUAGAGUUUCUGCAGAUGUGAGCACUGUGAGGGGGGAGAGACGAGGAGACAGUGUAAAGCAUGUUCCUUUUAUAAACCUUCCCCACCCUGAAUUAAAUACCAGGGAGGUUUUGAGUCCCAAACAGUUUUUUUUUGGAAGUUUUGUUUGUUCUAAAUUCACAGCAGCAGUGGACUUACUUACAGACUAGUAUCAUGUAAAUAAACUGACCUGUGUGUUUGAGGGCUUCUCCAUAUAACCCAAGCCUUUCACAAAGAAUUAAUUUAAAUAUUUAAUUUUUUUAAUUUAUGUCUUUUUCUUUUUCUUUUUUUUUUUUAUGGAGCCUGUUAGAUCAAACAGCAAUUCAGGCUGCAGCCUUAAGAGCCCCUUUCAUAACACGGGGUCUUAACUCCCAAAUAGUCCAUCAGGUUAAAGAUCAUGAAAUUACUUGGGCCCACUGGCAUCUUAACAGAAUCCAGUUUUCCAACCUUUUUUAGUUACGUUAUGUGAAAUGAGUGUUGGUGUUUCCAUAAGAUUUCUUUUGCUAUAAAAGACGCAUGUAGUUUAGUACUCAGUUGCUUGGUUUACAUGAAAGUUGUCACCUUUCUCCCUUAGGUGUCAACUAACUGCCUUUUUCAUAUUUAUGUGCAAAUUUUAGUAAAUAUAAGUCGUUUAGCAAAAUGAAUUACAAAUUGUGAUAACUAAAAAAACUAGGGGAGAAAUCCUGGUUCUGAAGUCAGGAUUUCUCCCAAGUUAUAUUAUCAUUCAUCCUUGCCAAGCUAAAACAUUCCUACUUAAUUUGUAGGUGUAGUCCAGAUGUUUAAUUGACUAUGUAAAAUUUCCUUUGUUUCAGCCAGGUUGGUUCCAGGUAAGUAAACCUUCUCUUUUAGAGAACCAGAUUUCUCCACUAGAGUGUCUCCUCUUUCUUAUACAGUAGAGUUUACAUGGGUGUGUUCCAAAUAGUUCAGUUCAUAUUGGCCACUGCUGCCUUCCUAUGACAAUGUUUAAAUAAAAAACUCAAUGAAAGUGUCCUAUUCAUAAUAAAAGCUUCUGCUGUACCUUUCACCUGUAUGCUUUUGGUGCUUAAAAACAAACAAAAAGCUUGAAGACCUCACUGUUUUCUUGCUAUGGAGCAGACUUUUAUAUAACCUGUAUGAAUAUGGUGAUCCUGAAACCUGCCACAAACAAGGCCAAGAGGCAACCAGUUAAAUCUAGGAAGCCAAAUGAUUAAAAGGUGCUAUUUCCCCCCAAUUGUAGGAAAGGCAAUUUCUUGUGGGAAAACCAUAUAAGUCCUUGCAGUGUCAUUUUAAAAAAUGGAAAGCAUGGUUCUGCCCAGGGAGUCAAAUAAAAGCAGAUUUUACUGUACAAAAUCCCGGUAAUCAAAUCUGUAGGUUUUUCAACAAUUCGAUGCCAGGAAUCUCUUCCCAGUGAAGUGUGAUAAUGCAAGAACCUACCCACCUGGACCUUUAGGCAUUGCUCUAUUUGAAGGGUCAUAUCACCAUUGUUAUGUAUUUUAUUCCUUUCUCUGCAAUUAUCUUCAGUUUUCUUGACAAAAAAAAAAUUCACCAAUUUUCCUUUGCAUGUUUUCCUCCUCCCCAAAUUUUGGGACUCCACUCACAGUGGUUUAUACUUUCACAUUGUGCAUAAGCACCAGAAUUCUUGCUGUUCAAGUUUGGUACUUUGUCAGUAAUUUGGAAAAAUGUUUUUCUAAGCCAAUCCAUGUUCUUAGAUCUACUGUUAGCUCGGAGCAAAGCUCUGUGAUCACUUGUCUACACUGCUGCUAAUAUUUAGGAUUGAGAAAGUUACCUGAUAAAAAUGGGCAACCAGAUUCUUUAUAGAUUCAAGGAAUAGUGGGGGAAAGUCAUAUAAAACCAUUUUUAUGAAACUGUAAAAAUCUGUUUUUGCAUUUUAGCUUGUUGUAAAGUCCUAUAACUGUUUUAAAAAAAAACCCAAUAUUUUAAGAUUGGACCUUUAUAUCCCUUUUUCUAAGUGCAAAAGAAAUCAGCAGUUGUGUCCACUCUGUGUUGAUCAUAAAACCAGGCCAUUGUUUCAUGAACUUGACUGCUUUCACCUAGCAGAUAUGCAGGCUGUGGAUUUAUUGCCAUUUAUUCUGUAAAUAUGAAGUUUUUUUCCUAAACUUCCAGCAAUCACUUGUUACAUGUAGACAAAUACAUACAGUACUUUAAAGAUACCUGUAGCUUGGCUUUUUAUAUAUUAAAUCUAUUUAAAACUGGAGAAAGGAAAAAAAAAAACACCCAAAACCACAAACCUUCAGUUUCUACAUUCCACUUUCUGUCCACCCUGACUCCACUAUACAAAUUCACUGUCUUCAGCUAGUAUGUUUUAGGGAGAAACAAAAGGUAUUGAUCCUGAGUUGACCUUUUCCCUUGUCCCUGCCACCCUUUUGGGCAAACUUGAUUUUGUAUUAAUAUUUUGGGGUGCUUAGCUUUAUUUCGUGUUUUAUUUGGAAAUAUUUUAUAUUGCCUUUUUCUUUUCCUUUUUUUUUAAUGGUGGACAAUAAGCCAAAUGGCUUUCAUAAAUGUUUUCUACUUGUGCCACUUCUGUGCUCUUCAAACUGAGGAUUCAAAAAAAAAAUAAAAACCCACAAAAAGCUAACUUGUUAUAAUGUUAAAAUUAUAAUAUAGCACAUGCGUCUAUAUUACUAAUUUACACUAAAUAAAUAUAUAUACCAAAUAAAUCAUUCUAAUAUGUGAUGUAUCCUUUUAAGUGCUUUGUUUUUGAUGGAGGUGUGCAGAUUUGGAAAUUAAAAACCUUUCAGGAAUUUCUUUUUAAACUUUCACACCCUAUAGGGGAGAGACAUGGGAUUUUCUUUUUGAAAGACAGUGAGUUUUAAAACAGUGAUACUUUCUAUCAAAUGGAAAGGGAGGCUCUCUAUACAACUUUACCAGUUACUUCACUUCUGUGUUAUAAACUGAAAUCUGAAGCUGCACUGUGUUUAACUGCAGGGAUAAUCUAUGUAACAAUUAAAAGAAAUCAGAUUUGAAAACAGGAAAUUAAGCAUGGAAAGAGACCAGCAAUGUCCAGGUCCAUCCCCAGGCUCAAUCCCACAAAGACGUAAGCAAAUGCACAACUUUGUGCAGGUGUUUGACUUUCUAAAUUUGGGGGGCCAGGUUAGAGUUUACCAACCAUUGCUCACAUUUUUCUGUGUCCAAAUACUUGUGUAAUUUGCUGCCUAUAUAAAUUUCUAUCUUUGCUGUUCUGUGUAAAGAAAUUCUGCUUAAAUGUUGUUCUAUCCAACACUAGCUCAAAUAAUCUUUAGCAUCCUCUCUUAUAUUUCCCUUCAGGAAUGUGUAUAUUUUACUGAGGUUCCCUUUUUAAAUUUCAUUUUCUUUAAAAAAUAAAAUGCAGAUUUAGUUUCAGAAAAUAACUCUGUUAAAAAUGAAAAAUUAAGACAUUUGAUCUCAGUGGAAAUGUGGGUAAUUUUUUUUUAAAAUGUCUAUGUAAUGUGUAAUCACUGUACCCUGAAUCUUUCUUAUUCUCAUCUUUUUUAUAUAUAAAACGGGGCCAGGACUAAAAAGAGCAUUUCAAAUGCAGCUUUGCUAAUUUCUCCUGCAGUUCAAUGAUUGAAUGCAUUUCUUCAGUUUUAUAUACACUAUCUAUGCAGCUCAGAAUAAAUACCUAGAGAAUGCUAAAUGAUGCAGUAGGUUAGACCUUUGUAUAAUACUGCAUUAAAAGCUUUCUUGAACAAUACAGGCAACUUAGGUUCUUGACUUCUCCUUCCUGUCAACUUUUUGUUUCUUUCAAAAAGUCUUUUUUAAAAAAAUCCUAAUUUAUAUAUAUUUGAGUAUUGUUUCUUUAUAUAUUAAAGUUUAAGGUCACCAUAAAACCUCACAAAGAUACAGAAUGAUUUUUCAGGGAGAUGAGAAGGGGGACAUGUCUCAUGAAGGUUUUCGAAGUGACUAGUUCUUUUUAAAAACAAAUAGUGUUUGGACUAUCAAAGGAAUAUUUUCUUAUCAAAAGGAAACCUACUUUAGCAUUAGGUCCCAUUUUAUGUUUUGUAUCUUGAAUUAUGCCUUUAAAUGUUCUGCAACUCCAAAGUGAAAAUCGCAUUCAGUUGACUUUUUAUAUAUAUGUAUGUUUGGGAAUUUAUUACUUUGGGUUAUGUGUCAAACUCUUGUUCCUGAUAAAGUUAUAUAUUUUGACUCUCAAUUUGCAGUAGAGCGUUGAGUCAGAACACUGCCAUCUUUGAAUAGGCACCUCUGUGAAAAAGAUCCACCUUAAUGCUUCCAAUUUUGCACAUCAUCCUUUAAAAAAGAAAAAAAAACUCCAAGAAAAUGCAAAAACUGGAAUUUUUUGCAAUAUUAUGAAAGAUAAUCUUAUUUUAGCUCAUUCUGUGACAUGUGCAACUCUUAAGAAAGCCAUACUUAAUGGUUCUUUUUAUUUUUAGAUUCUAUAUUGUGUUUUGAAUUUCUGCCUUUUUUAGAAUUUCUGCAUAGUAAGAGUGCUGUGUGUAUGCUUUCAUAUAUAUUUAUUUUUCAACAUGCUUUAAACCUGUCUACAAAAAUAAAACUAAAAAUAAAAAAAAAUAAAAAAACACCAAGACAGUGUUUGAAGAUUGUUGACUAUUUUUUUUGCUGGGAAUAUUCUAUAUUAUACUGACUUUAUAUUAAUUAUUAUAAACCUGUGUUUGUAUUGGAGAUGUGUUUAAUAUUUUGGGGAGGUGGGGAGAUUUUAGUAAUCAGAAGUCAGUGGGAGAACAUGACUGUGUGUUGUACUGAUUUUCUGUAAAUGUAGUUCAGGUAAAUAUUACCUUAUUUUCUAGUUGAUCUCACAGUUUCUUGUCUGCCUAGGCAUGCCAAAGGUAUGCCUAUCGAUUAUGAUUACUUUAUGUGACGGGAUUAGCUUAGACAUACUUGCAAAAAUCAAUCAGUUUUAAUAAAUUGGGAAAUUGCUGCUAAAA